ACCCAUUAUGUUGGUUUUGUCGUGACACGACUCAUUUAUCCGUUUUUCUAUCCAUGGUUAUCUUCUGCCGGCGGAAAUUAUAUAUUUGGGAUAUAAUCAAUUAAAUAUUUAAAACACUCCCACUGCGCGUUUCUCCGCGAAUUGAUGAGUAAAGCUCUACCACUUCAUCAACUCAAAUCUAAUUUACAAAACAAAAGGACAUAUAUUUCAUAAAUACUUUUAACAAUCGAGAAAUCAAAAACCGUAUACUGUUGGACAAUAAACAAUGAAUAUUUUGUCUGCCUGAGUUUCGUUUCAUGAGGCAUCGAAAACGAGGCAGAAAUCUUUCAGCAGACGAUCUCUUGCAGACGACUUAGCACGCAGAUGACGAUCGCAUCUUUUGUCGGGAAAAAAUAAUAUUUCCCUUUAAGAAAUGCUUAAAUUAAAAGUUCAUUUGCGUUACAGAAAUAAAUCUAAUUGUCGCAAAAUAAGCUGAUAAAUUUGAAAAAAAUAGAAAAAUACAUAUAAUUAUAUGAAAAGAAAUGAUGAAUCCAUUCGACAUUUUGUUUCUUUUAACUGGACUUAUUCUUAUUGCUCAACACCAAGCUGAUGGCCUUAAGUGUUACAAAUGUUCGAGCAUUCUCGACUCUGCCUGUAGUGAUGACUGGGAAUUGACGACCUCAGAAGCUGCAAAGUUUGAAGUGAAGUGUUCAUCGUCUGCAAAAGCUUGUCAGAAAAUUGUGGGGGAAAUUCAAGGUACGGGCGUACAGCACGUGUACAGACAAUGCUGGAACCAUACUGGUACAGAAAAUUACAUACCAACCGGAUGUGAGGAGGAUGACGUUCGAGGUGGUGUCGUCUGCCGCUGUACGGCCGAUAUCUGCAACGGACAGCAACGCUUGCUACCUUCUGAUUAUAUCUACUUCGCACUUCUUUCGUCUGCUGCGCUUAUAAGGCAAUAUUAUUACUCGAUUCUGAUUUGAAGCAUUAGUCUAUAUGGAUACUUGUACAAUAAUUUUGCGUGUGAAAAGUAAAUUAUUCAAAAUUAUUUUACAUACCCAGCACCAAGAAAUUGAUUUAUUUGACUAUGAUCAGGAGGAAAAUUUUCAUCACAUAUAAAGAGAUCUUAUUUAGAGAAAAAGGAUAAAUUUUAUGACGUUUUAUACAAAGGCUGGAUGGUUUAAUUGUGUGUUCUGUGCUCACAGGAAGUGUUAAAGCUACAUGUUUGCGGGUUUUUUUUUUUUAAUGCGUAGCAUACAUCGGUGAGGUGAUUCUUUUCCUGGUAAAAACGCUGAUUCUUGAUUUUGGAAGUGUCGUCUGCUGCUUGCGCACGAGAAUCUGAAGAUCGUUUAUGACAAAGAAACAUGUAUAGUCUCUAAAAUAAUGGUGGAAUGCAAAAAUCACCGCUAUUUCCAUAAAUUGUAGCUUGCAUACAUGUACAUGUAAAUGGAAUUAUUGUUUAUAAAUAACUAAGUGAGGCUAAUAACUGUUUGUUGGAGGAAAUCCAAACAGUGAAAAUUUAAAAAAAGUGAAAUAAAAUGGGAAGAUUGAUAUAAAUGUUUAGAUAUUAAUAGUGUGUACGAUAUACAGGAUCAAUCAGCCCACCCUUGUGAGAAAAUUUAAAAGUAUUUAUUUUGUUUAUGCUUGUACAGUAUUCUUUUUCACGGAUGCGGAAUCAUAAAAGUGUUGCAUAUGUGUUUUUAUUGGACUGAUGAUAUUCACAACCUUUGUAUCAAAAUCAAUCAAAAAUGCGCAGCAUUUGCUUCUUUUACAUAUCCAUGUUUUAUCUAUGUAUUCAACUAAUCACCUUUCAAUAUUUUGUUUAUGCGAUUCAUUUUAAACAUUUCAUGGACGUUGAAAGCAAAAAGACGCGAGUGUUGUGAAAAUUAUUUUGAACAUAAGUUUGAGAAAUAUUGCUCAAUCACCAUUUAUGAUUAAUAUGUCACAAUUACAAAUAAUUUGUUAGAAUUAUAUAAAUGUGCACAGCUA